AUGGCCCGAGUCACCCUGUCUUCCAUCACUUUGUUCUUCCUGGUGGCUAUCACAGCUGCGUCUCCUGCUCCUCUUGCAAGCUCUCGAGAUACCGUUGCGGUCGGUGACUGGUCCUGGGAACAAUGGGUCGAGACUAUCAUUGCCAACCCUGAUAGUGCUCUAUCCGUCGAUGAGGCCCUUGAAGCCGCGGCUAAAUCCGUCGCUGCCGAUCUGGAUGGCUCACUUGAAAAGAGACAGGAGCAGUUUCUCGUAUGCAACGAUGGCAAGCCUUCCGCAUGGGCACCUGAUGCCGUGACGUGUAUCAAUUACCUUGCCGAUCUCAAUGCCAACUGUGGUACUGUGACUGUCACGGCAAUGUGUACGGCUGGUAAUGCGCAGAUUGUUGGAAGCGGCAGUGGUGCCGGAGAAGUGAGCACGCACUGUAACAAUGUUGCCCGUACUGCUGGACGCAUCAUGGAUCGCUGCUGGAGAUCCGACAACACCGUUCAGGGUGGCAUGCCGGCUUAUGAGCAAGGAGCGAUGUGGGUUUAUGUCUCAGCUCCCCUGAUCUAA